CAGAAUUAUGCAUGAUCACAAUAGUUCUUUGCCAGUCGGAAAAAGUUCUGUAGGAAAGGGAAAAGGUAGGGAAAUUUACAACUGGUCUUCGUACUUGACUGGCAUGUUAACACAGUUUCAUGACAAAUCUCUAAAGUUAGUUCACCAAUUCUACACUAGCUAAGUUUCAAAACAGGAAAAGAAUAAUACUAAUAAUAAUAAUAAAGUUUUUGGGCGUAUUUAGAAAACUAAACGCGCUUUCAUUACUAUUUAGAAAAAAAUAAAUUGAUUAAAACCUACAAAAUGUUUCUUAUAACAGUAGUAAAUAAAAUAAAUGAAAUAAUUAAUUAAGAAUUGGGUGGCAUGAAAGCGAGGUACAGUUCCACGUAAAAUAAUUAAAAAAAAAAAAACUCCUGAAACAAGAAUGUUUUGAGGGCAAAUUUAAAAGAUAAAAGAGAUGUUGUAUUUUUAACAGAACCCGCUAGACUGUUCCAUUAUAUAGGUGCGAAGAAAGAAAAGGCACGUUCACCGUAUGUCACAGAGUUCACAGUAGGGACGGUAAAAAGUAGUUUAGAGGAUGAGCGUUGGCUUCUUUGCGGGUGGUAUUGUUGUAGGAGGGACGACAAGUAGGCUGGACAAAGUCCAUGGAUAAUUUUGAAAGUGAUGAGCAGAACUUUGAAUAUAAUCAGUGACUUAACAAGUAGCCAGUGUAGUUCUCGAAGGGCAGGUUUGAUGUUCUUAUCGUUUAGUUUCAUUGAUAAGACGUGCUGCAGUGUUUUGAAUUCUUUGAAGUUUAUCCAGUUCCUGUUUUAGAAGACCACGAAGGAUACUAUCACAUGAUAUUUCUAGAGCAUUAACGAACAGUUUGAGAAUCUUUGUAUUAUGAAAUGUAGAAUAUCGAUUUAGCCAGGCCAAAAAGAAGAGCUUCUGAAGUUUUUCUUUUCCCUCACUCGUUCGAUAAAUGAAAUUAAGUUGGCGAUGAAAGAAAGCACGGCCUUAAGAACACUCCUUGAAGACCACUAUCCUGAGUACGCGUGAAGAUCAGUAUCUAUUCCCUAAUUUCCAAUAAAAUCAUUGGCACAUACGGCGAGUAAUAACGAACAAAAAGCGAACAUAUCGAAUUAGGCACGGAAUGGCCGCCACGUUGCGACGUCCCGUGGUUAUAAAAUCUGAUAAUUAUCCCGGACCGAAGAAGUCGGCGAAGUAAAUUGAACAAAUCUAAUUUCCGAAGGACAGCAAAAAUUAACCACUCAUCGCUGUUGUGAUCGUUAAAAAAAUAAGAAUGUAGAUUUGGGUAUAUUUUGGAAUUACUAAAAUCUUUUCAUAACAAGGAAGAUGAUUUCCUAAUUAUUCUAGCCUGCGUAGCCUGGCUCUUAGGGAAGGGGGAGGGAAGGGAAGGGGGAGGGAGAGGAGGGGGGGAGGGAGAGAGGAGGGGGAGGGGGAGGGGGAGAAAAGAGCCUUCCUCCCCCCUCCCCUCCUCUUUUCCACUUCCCCUCCCCUCCCCUCCCCUCCCUCCUCCUUCAAGGCCAGCUAUGCAGGCUAUAAUUAUUCCCUUCUUUUGACCUUUUACUCUUUCAUUUUUUUUGUGCCAACGCAAUCAGGUAGAUAUAUUUUUUAUUUUGUUUUACGCUAAUACAGUUACAAGCGUUCGCAUGAUCAAGGAAUUGAUUCCUUUUUUCGAUGAGUUUCGUAUUCUCCCCUUUAAACAGAUGGCAGCAUUAACUGCAAAAGUAACAUAAACUGCCCAACUGGCAGAGUUUGCACCAACCAUACAUGCCAGUGUAGGGACGGCUAUUAUGAAGAGGGAGGGAAAUGUGAGGACAUAGACGAAUGUAUGAGCGGAUCUCACAAAUGCGGUAAUGUCAACGCUUAUUGCAAGAACAAUGUGGGAAGUUUCACCUGCGAGUGUACCCCGGGUUUCAAAAAGAAGAACGAAGUAUGCGUAGGUCAGUGUAUGUUCUAAGUUUUUGAUAAGUAAGCUGUUAUGAGCGCUUUUCGAUUGAGUGUCGUUUAACCAAAACCAAAGCAAUUACAACAGCCAAUCGGAAGAAAGGAAAAUAACUUUAAGAGCCAAUGAGAACUCAAAGUAUAAACAACCAAACUGCCUGAAGCGCGGGAAAACGCGGGCAAUCACGUCGUAAUUGGUUUUAAUUUUGCAUCUGAUUGGUUGAGAAAGUAGCGCGAGUUUCUGGACCAAUCACAGAGCGAUGUAAAGCAAAACCAAGGAAAUUCCCGAUUACUUUUGUCACUCAAUUGAAAAUUGCUCUGUAGCAAAAAAUAUUAUCCAUUUUUAUCUUAGUGAAAGGCAAACUCUUGGUAAAACCAUACUUUACAAAUCUUUCUGCAAAGCCUCAGUACACAAUAAAUAGGGAUCAGAUUCUUUGAUAUGAGGUGAGAGCUGUGAGCUGAAAGAGACUGAUACGACAAGAUAUGGAGACGAGACAGGGUCUGUCAUUCUUAGAAAAGGCAGAGCCUCUUUUCGUUCAAAGGUCGAUUGUACAAUAGACCAUUUUAAGGUUGUGUACUUAGCCGCCAAGCCUUUAAUUUGGAGUGAGGCUGUAGGUGACCUUGUUGUGAUAAAGACCAGUAUCGAGUUAGCAUUGACAAAAAAGUAAUUUGCAUUUGAAAAGCAACAAGGUUUGUAUCAUAACAAGGUCAACCUUAGCCUCACUCCUGUUCAAAGACUUGGAAACCAAGCACACAACUGUAAAAUGGACUAUUGCAUUCCCUCUGCAUUCCCACGACCGUUAAAGAAAAACAACACUAAACAAACAGCCAUAAAACAGAAGGGAAAGAUCGUAAAUAGUCACUCUUAGGUUAGCUUCAUCUUGUUUUGAACAAAUCAGAUAAGCUCGCAUAAAACUAAAGCAUAGAUAUCACUGCAACAUUUCAAAGCUUCCAUCCACUUUUUUAUUGUUUUGAAUGACAUAAACUUUAUUUUUCAGAUAUCAAUGAAUGUGACAACCCGCACGUGUGUGGCAAAGAUGUAAGCUGUAUCAACUCUGCUGGCAGUUUUGCUUGUGAAUGUCUUGGUGACAUGAAAAAUGGGUAUUUCUAUGCCGCUGAAGUGAAACAGUGUAUAGAUGUCGACGAGUGUAAGAUGCAGCUCUGUAAUCAAAGCACCAGCACAUGUAAAAACUCCCAUGGCAGCUAUAAGUGUGAUUGCAAACCUGGCUACAAGACUAAAGAAACACAUCAAUGCAUAGGUAAUUAAAUAAUUGUAUUUACUCAGUAGUUUAUGAUAGGGCGACGCCCUUCUUUUGAGUCUUUCCUCAUUUGAUCGCUUCUCUCUGCAAUAGUGUGUCGAAUUUCCGAAUUGCCUUUGGCUUCUUUUUAAAAACUAGGCCUGGUGCUCAACCAUGUGUAUGAAAAUGAGUUUAAGUUAUAUGUGAAUAAAAACUUACAAUCAUGUGAAAGGAUGAGCUCCAGGACUUGCUUUGAAAUAGAGGCCAAAGGUAAUUCGGAAAUGGGCAUUUGCUAUGUGAAAAACUUUUGUGCCGUCGAUCCAUCAAAUCUUAACUGGAAUAUUAGUGAUGAUAAUCACAAUAGUGGUUGGUGUAAAAAAGUUCAGCUCAGAAUCAGUGUGGCUCAUGUGUUGUAUCGAUUCGCGAAUGCAUACACUUCUGACUCUCCCAGAUCAAAAUUUUCAUUCUCCUUACUGUCAAUCGUGCAAUUCUUAUGAUGUUAGUUCAGAUAAUUUAGUAUUGGAUCAACUAAUUAUUCCCAAAUUGAUAUUUUUCUUUAUUCUCAUUACUUAUCAGGUUGUUGUUGCAUUGAUAUUUUAAGGAGAAAUUCCGUCUUGGUCACUCAUGGGAGUUAAAGGGUUAAAGAAAUUUUCAAUUGAGUAUUAAAAGUUAUCCGGGUUUAUGUAUUGGUUUUGAAUCACUCCGCUCUCUGAUUGGUCCAGAAAACUCGUGCUAUCCUCUCAACCAGUCACAUACAAGACGCAAAUCAAACGCAACUUGGUAAUAUGCGUUUCCCCGCGCUUUUCGCAGUUGGCUCGUUUUUACUCUGAGUGCUGAUUGGCUCUUAAAGGUAUCUUCCUUCGCUCAGAUUGGUCGUUACGAUCACUUUGCCUUUGCUUUUGCGACAGUCAAUUGAGAAAUGCUUUGAAAGAGAUUGUCUCUCGGUACAACGUGACGAAGAUAUUUCCGGCUAAAUUUAGCUACGUUCUUAAUUGUAGCUUAUUGGAAUUUACGAGAGUGACACUCAGGACACAAUAUUUCAUUUUUAUUGACAUAUCAGACAUCGAUGAAUGCGCGGAAACUGCAAAAUGUAAAGGCCAGCAUAGUACUUGCUCCAACACGGUAGGAUCCUUCCUUUGUCGAUGUGGUGCCGGCUUCAUUUUCGACGAAUUUGACACUAAAUCUGAAGACAAAUGCAAAGGUUUGUGCUUUUAUCGGUCGUGAUUUCUUACUUUUGUUUAGCCGUAUUUGCGGAACAAGGAUUUGAAUACUGGGCAAACUCUUAAACGAGAGACGGUAGGAGGGGAGGAUGUGGACAAAAAGCUUGGCAAUAUAAGGGGGAGGAUGUUGGAAUGGGGGAAGAGCCAACUUAUCACAGUUUCAGUGGCAUGAAGCCAUAAGGACGAGAUGCUAUUCAAUCGUAAGAUCUCCCACGCCCCCUUCUCCCCGCCCUGUGGGAACUGCAAGAUUUGAGACGAGUCGGGGAGAGGUUUGCCGGGAGUCUGGCACUAUUUACCAGUACCGGACCCCCUGAAGACCCCUCGCCGUCUCGCGUUGCACAUGCCUUAAGCCUUAUGCCUCAUAGUUUCCAUUGGACAAAGAAACGCCCGUGCUGCAGCGCUUUUAACAAGGGCCUGCUCGACUACAGUUCUCUUAUACCUUGACCAUUGAUUCCUUCUUGUCUGCCUUACAGACAUAGAUGAGUGCAAGACAAGGAAACACAACUGCGAGAAACAAAGUCACUGCCGUAACAUACAAGGUAGUUUUAAAUGCGAGUGUCCAGACGGUUAUAACAAGGAUGGCCUUAAAUGCCGGCCCACGUGGUUUACUCGCUGGUUCACUCCCAAGCUCGUGUUGAAGGACCUUAAAAAUGGGACCUUGGACACCCUCGGCGUUGUAGGUGGUGCUUGCCUCAUAGUUCUGGUUCUGUUUCUUAUGUUCGUUGUAAGAUGUUACAGAAAAUGUAGCACAAUGUGUGGCAGAAAACCUGGAUAUAAAGGUAAGAAACGGAAUUAAUAUUUUGUAAUCUUCAGUCAGCAGACAUGAUCCUUGGGAAGAAGUGAAUUGAAUUAAUGAAGUGAAUCAGGCCUACUUUAAAUUAACUAUUUCUUCUCGGAAUUGUGUUUUAGAUCAAUAUUACUACCCUGAGGAAGUGUACGAUCCUGAUCAAAUGUUCUUCGCUGAAAAUGAAGGAAUGUACUAUCCAGACGAGAUGGCCUACCAUGGAGACGGUACGAUGUAUCCCGAGGGAUAUCCUUCGGGUGGGAUGUAUCCCGAGGGAUAUCCUUCGGGUGGGAUGUAUCCCGAAGGAUACCCUGCGGAUGGGAUGUAUCCCGAAGGAUACCCUGCGGAUGGGAUGUAUCAAGAAGGAUAUCCUUCGGGUGGGAUGUAUCAAGAAGGAUAUCCUGCGGAUGGGAUGUAUCAAGAAGGAUAUCCCGAGGAAGAGUAUUAUCCCGAGGGAAUGGACGAUGCCACGGGCGGCCUUGAAGUGGCUGGAAAGAGUAUUUUUAACAUAGACGAUAAGGAUCCUUCUGAGAACGUUCCGGUAACGUUUUAUGAAGAUGACAAUGAAGAUCUUUCUGAUGAACACGACUGAUACAUAUUUGGCUUUGAGUGUACCCUUUUAUUCACCUCGGCAAGAAGACUUAAGUUUGUGUUUCAAUCCUUUAAAUAACCUUUUUUGGACUGUAACUUUUAUUCCCUUUUAUGUCUUGAAUCUGACCUGUAUCGAACAGUUUUUUUUCUGGAUUUCGUCUGUUCGGACUUUUACCGCUCGGCUAUUAGCAAUGUUGUUGCUGUAGUCCCAUUGUUUACCUUUGUGCCGGAUACAAGGAUACUUUUUCGCUUCCAAGAUUGCAUGUUAACAUGGACUAAAAGUCUACCC